AUGAACCUGGUCCCCGUGACGAUGCUUGGGCCCGGAACUGGUCAUGGCUUCGGGGAGACGUCCUUUUUGGCCGGCCGCCACAACCGCCAAUCGCCAAUCUACACGGCCGAUGCAGCCUCGCUGGUUCCGGCCUAUUCGGCAGAAGAAAUGACGGCUCCGGGAGCCACGUCUGCUUCGGCCGGCAGCGUCAAGACGGAACCGGAAGCCGACGUCAAUUGCCUUCGGCCGCUCAACUCCUUGCAUUCACGUCCUUCGCAGCUGAUGAAGGCGGAGGAGGCGGCGUCGGCUGCACAUGCCUUCACCAGUCCCGGUCCCACCGCAUCCACCGACAUGGUCGUCAUGAUGGGCGACCUCAGAGACUGGGCCACGCCGGUCUCGAGCCCGUCAGACGACGGCGGCCAAGGCAGAAGACAUCAGCCGAGCGGUCUGCACUAUUUCAACCAGCCGACGACAACGCGUCACGUCGGCUUGCCCACCAGCUCCGGCUGCCUCACCAGAAGCAUUCUGCCCAUCGUCAGCAGCAGUCCAACCACAUCGACAACCGCAUGUGCCAACCAUUCCGUUUGCAGUACCAUUGGCCUAAAGCCGCUGCCAUACCUCAUGGAGCCUGGAGGCUCGACUGACCUGUCGGCCGAUGGCGACGGCCAGCACGAUCUCUCAUCGCCCGUCUCGACGGGUCUUCUUUUCGAGCUCACCGGCCAACGGACCGUCACUCUGCCGGGUUUCCCUGUAGGGCAUUUGGAAUUGUCCAACCGCAUGUGCAGUCAGGUGUGA